CACCGGUCAUACGCUUCUGUGGAUCACCAGACAGUAGAUAGAUCACCAGAUCAGUAGAUAUCUAAUACUUUUUCUCGAUUGACAACUGACUGUUUAUUUACUCUACAAUUCUGACUUGUUAUAUAUCGUCAAUUCGACUAAAAGUUCAGAGAUAAAUAUUAAAGAGGAUAUUUCACUACCGCACUUGUUCUACAGUUGUUCGACCCGCCAUUACUUGAACUUGGUGAUUGUCGUUACUAAGUGCGACUGAAAGAGGUUGCUAACCAGUUAAGUGUUCAGACACGGUACUCGAAUCCUUAAAUGAGUGGAUGCUCUCUUCGGCGAUAUUUUGGGGGUUAAAUGUAAUUGCACGCGGUAUCAAAAGAUGUGACAGCUGUGUGACAGUUCCAUCCUGUUGGCCGACAAGGGUGCUGUCAUUUUUUAUAGUAUAAAAAAAUGGCCCCAGGUGUGAACCGUUUGGGGCGGGAAACUGGAACUGUCCCUAAAACCAAAACUCCAAAUAACUCUGGACGAGACAAUGCUAUGGGCGUCAGUAGGACAUCAAGAAGCAACAUUCCAAAUAACCUUACAACUCAAGACUGGCAAUCUGCUUCAGGACCAUCUACCAAUAGGACCCGCAAAAACAGUAAUACUAGGGCAUCUCUUCUCGAUUAUUAUGAUCCACCGGAUGGCAGAAUAGCUCAUGAAAAUAGCCGUUUUGCUUCAUCUGAAAAUCAAGAUCAGUGUGGAUCUGUGAAUAAGGUCUGCGGAGAAAUAAACGGUAUAGAAGCCUCUCCUCCAACCAUUUCAGUUAGACGAGAUUGUGUGAGAGGACCUCCAAGAAACGUUAUGCCUGACACUGAAAAUAAAAGUAAUAUAACGAAAAUGCCCGAUCGAAACCAGAUUUCAAGUCGAUUGAAUCAAAUUCGAGAUUAUAUUCAACAAACUUCUUCGAUUAUGGAGUCAUUGAAGAGUUCUGGGCAACCGAGUCAUCUUGUUCAAUACCAUAAACUUGCUGGCAUGGUUGCUGAUUUACGGGACAGUGAAGGCAAGUUAGCAUCUUUGCUUACAAGAUUUGAUGAUGUAUCUGGUUCACAAAUGGAUAAGAAUUCAGAAGCAGAAGAAGACAGUACAUCAGUAGAAGCCGAUAGGGCAUCAGCAAUGAAUGGAAAAUCAAGUGAAAUGUUAAAUGGCCAUGCUGAAACAAAUGGAGUUUCUGAAAAUGGUUCUGAGGCCAGAGAUAAAGUUCAAAAAGAGAAUGGUGCUGUCCUUAAAACUGCUGAUAGUUCUCGAUGCAAUGAGCUACGAAUGAGAUUAGAAGAAUCACAAAAGAAAUUACAAGCCAUGCAAGAACAUCAAGCUGCAUUACAAGCUCUCCAACAACAAACUCAACAACAGCUGAAGGAGGCUCGAGCAGCUCAAAGCACUCUUCUUGCUCGAACUGCUGCUGCUGCAGCAGCUGCUGCUACUACUACUGCAUCGUCCAUGAAUUCUGACGAAGAUCCAAAUCCUGAAACACUGCGAAGUAAUCUUGACACAAUUCGUGAUCGUUUGUAUGCUCUGCAAAUGUAUGAGCAACGUAAUCCUGAUAAGCUGCAAGAAUUGCAGACCAAAAAGGAGCGAAUGGAUCAUUUAGUGGCUGAAUUCCAAACUGAAACAAAUGGUGCUGUGGGUCCUGCAGCAGCUAGCCUUCAGGGUGGCAGAGAGAAGAGUGGUGAGAGUAGUAAAGAUGGCAGUGAAGCGGGAGAUGAUGAUGGCAAUAAUUCAGACAUUGAAUGUGAUGUGCAGAGAGUUAGACACAAAAUGGCACAGCUCUCAGCGAUGAGAGCACAACUUCGAAGACUGCAAAACAUGGUAGAUUCUGGCCUGCAAGAUACAGAAAUGACAGGAGUUCAAGAUGGCUGCCCUGUCCAUGUGGAGGAAAUUGAUGGAGAGGAAGUAGAAGAAGAAGAAGCUGUAAAUAUAAGGAGGCAACGCCAAGGAAAAGGAAGGAGUGUAUCACGCACUAACAGCACAUCAAGCACAGCCACGAAACCAGACAAUAUCUCCCAAGCUAGUGUUGGCCAUAUACACGAAUCAGAAUUACGUAUUGAAAAGAAGACACAGAAAUUGAGAGAGGCGAAAACAAAGUUGCACCAACUUCAGAAGUUGCUGACAACCGUUAUGGAUCUGCGUAGCAGAGGGGAGCCUGUACCUGAACACUACCUGCAAAUCCUAGAGGAAGAGACUACUCGUGUGGAUCAAGAGCAAGCUGCUGAAGCUGUACAGGCAGCUCAAGAGGCAAGGGCCCAGCAACAGGCGAAUAUGGAUCGAGACAGGGAAGGGGCAACUGCUUUGAUUCCCAUCACCGGUGCAGGGCCAACGCAAGAAAGUUCUGAAGUCACUUUGGAGAUGGUUCAAGCCAUGGCACUUGAAUUGCAGACACAAACACAAUGUCUAAAAGAAGAAAAAGAAAGAUUAAUGCGGGCCAGACAAGAAAUUGGAAACAUGAGUAGAGAGUUGCCGUACAGGGAAAAGAAAACAAAUACCCAGAUGUUACUUCAAGCUAAAAGAAGAGAGCUGGAGGAAUUAAUGCGCAAGGAUCAAGGUCAGAGUUCUGCUGUCAAUCAAGAUAUCUGCAGUGAAGUAUCAGCUGGGAAGUCAGAUACAGCAGGUUUUAGUUACAUUGGAGAAGGUACUAGUGCAGCUACAUGGGGAGGAUCUACUCAAGGAACUCUUGAUGACUUGGCAGAAAGAGAUGAUGAUGUUCAAGAACAGAGUGCUGGAUAUUCCAGGGAAACGCUCUCCAUGUCUUUGGAAUCAGGUGUAUUUGGUGGAAGUCAGUGUGGAAAUGUAAAUAGUAAUGCUGGCAGUAUUUCUGGUACAUUUCCACCUCCUCAGUCUUUAACAGGCCUUGCUCCACAGCGUAGUGGUCCUCGGAAUGUUUGGCGCAAGAGUUCCACAGAUAGUAGUGCAACGCUUCCUCGAGCCGUAUGGACACCUUCGUCUCAACAUCCAAAUACUGUUGAUGAAUUAGCUACUAAUGCAAAUACAACUGCUGUAAACACCACUAUGAGCCAUAAUGAAAAUGAAAGUAAUGCUAGCAAUAUCACUCAAGUUAAUCAGUCACAAUCCACCACAAGUUCUCAAAAUAAUUGGUGGCAACAACAAGCAAUGCAGCUUCAGAGCCAAUUGGAUGCAACAAACAACCUCUAUCAGUCAUUAUUGCUGGAGCAACAACAGCAACAGCAGAAUUUAGCAUGCUGGCCGCAGCCUCCUGCAUUGGCUCAUCUGCCUGGUUUUCGAGGUCCUCUACCUGGUGCCCCUAGUGAUGCAUUUUAUCAACAACUACUGGCUGCUACCCAGUUUCAGCAACAACAACUUCUGCUGACUACUCUAAAUCAAUGUUGCCAUCUUUUGUGGAUGCAGCAACGAGAAAUGGCUUCACUUAGGGGAAUAGUCAUGUCUCUCCAAGAUAAGCUGUCUCGUGGUAACGAAGGCUACCCGUCUACCAUCACUUUCAGUCAACAACCUGAAGAUUCUCUUCUUAUUUCGUCUGCACAUACCAGUGCUCAUCAAACCCCACGACAGUCCCAGUCUAAUUUAAGCCAUAGCAAUGCAAAUUCUACUCCAGUGCCCAACGCCCCUCACUCCCAUCCUCCACUGAAAGUUUCAUACAGUGGAGGCCUUAUACAGCCACCAGAUGAACACAAUAGUUCAUCAGGUGCUUUUAGUUUUCAUUCACUGCCUAACCUUCCACACCCUCCUUUAUUAGGACCUUGCUUUCACGAUCCCUCUGCCAUUCUCAACAAUGGCCCAAACUGCAGUAACAGGACCCCCCAACCACAGCCACUGACCCAGUGUUCCGUCCCCCAGGCUGCCACACAUGGUGCUGGUGGCGCACCUUGGCUGCAGCAAGGAAGUGCCGGGGGUGCUCCUGGCCUCCUCUCUGCACAUGCCUCCAGUGCCUCACCCGUUCCAGCCCUCAACAAUCAGGUUCCACCUGGCAACAGGGCUAACAACUAUUGGGACAACUUCCGAAGUUAUUCAAGACAGAAUCUUUUAUCAACAAGCACAAAAAGUAAUGAAGGAGUGUCUCAUAGCCCUAGUCCACUAGUGGAUAGAUCACGAAAUACACUGAGAAACUCUGCAGGCUUGGCACAACCUCAUCCUUCACAGCACGCCACAUAUCCAAUGCCUGAUCAAGGAUUGCCUCUCAACCUUUCACGCAAAGAAAAAUUAAACAUUGAACGUUAUCAUACAGUACCAGAUAAUUAUGCUCUUCCAUCUGGCGGUAUCCCAGAUUUGGCUGAACUUCAGUAUCCACAGUCCUUACCCAACAAUCAGUACCUCAGUGCCAAUAUGCAGGUUGAACACCAACAAAUUGGAACUCGUGCAUUGCCUAGUUCUGUUUCCAACAAUAUGUCAAGUAGUGAUGGUCGAGGAACUAGCUCUUGGCAGAACAGGCCGAGUACUAGGUCAUAUCGAACUCAGAGAGGCAUGAACUGUAAAAGAAAGAACCCUCGCUUGCCACCAGCAGCCGCAACUGAGCAUCCGCUGUCUAGUUCAUCUGUAGCAAGUACUCCACAGGACCGUGGCUCUCGCAAACAUAGAGAUGCUCUCUGCCAUAGAUCAGGACGCAGUCUUUUUGAUGUUUUAAGUGAAUCUGUGUAUACGGAAGUGGCUGCAUUGAUAGCUGUUAAUGAAUCUCGCCCACACUUUCUCAUUCAACUCUUUCGUGACUUGCAAAUGGUGAGCUCAGAUCCCCUGCGUCAGCGCACUCUACAGUCUAUCCAUGAGCUGGUUAGCAGAUAUUUGUCUGAGGCAAGUGGAGGGCCAGAAGGUUCUCAUAUGCAUCAGAAUAUGAAAGCUUGCAAAUCUAAAGAACCAACCUUGAAUGAUAGCCUUGUUUCAAGUGAUGAUGAUGAUAAUAAUACAAAACAGGGGCAUAACGAGUGGGAGCUGGAAGCAGUUUUGGAGGAUCUUCUGCCAUUUUUGAAAGGACAUCUUGAUGAAAUAUGUUCUCCUGCACUCCUGGAUGCAGUUAGGCAGCAAGCUGUUCAACUGAUGUUGGCUCAGACACAGUCACAUUGCAGGCACAACAUGCCAGGAAGUACACACCAGCCUGCCGGAGGAUACUUUCAAGGUCAGCUGGAUGCAUUGUUAGAAGAUGGCCUCAAUAAAUUCCAAGGUUGUAGAUUGCGUGAUGUUUGUGAAGACUUACUAAUGGUUAUCACUGAUAUAUUGCAAAGUGAACUCACAUUCUUAAAACUUGUGGACACUGUGCGUCGGGAAGUAGAUGAGUCAAGUGAAGAUACUUGUAAGAACCCAACAACCUCGGAAGAACCUUCAAAUUCAGUUCAUACUUUACAGUUGAGUGUGGAAUCAGCAGCUCAGGCUUUUCCACCACCAGAUGUAAAUUGUCAGAAUCGCUUAGAAUCCCUGGGAAGUGCAGAAGGUUACAAUGGUGAUUUGGCUGAAGCAGACCAGUCACAUCACGAGGAGGCCACUGGCGGAGGUUCACCACAGCAAAUUGAAGAUGUGGCUGGAGCUAUUGUGCCCGAGGACAGCGAUGAUGAUGGCCUUCUAGAAAUCAUGCAGAAUGAUGUACUGAGGCCAGAAGAAAAUCAAGAUGGAUUAGCUGUUGCUUUGAGUAGAGAAGACUGUGAAGAACAUGCAAAGACUGAGGCAGAAGAUGAGUGGGCUGUUGAACAAGACAGAGAACAAGGCCUGGAUAGAGUGCCAACCCGUCUGACCGAUGAAAUAGAUGGCCAGGACCGACCAUCAAUGUUGCAAACCAAUCAUUCAGAUGCAUCUUCAAAUCCCUGAUGCUUAUGAAAAUGUUGUUGGCUCUAGUACCUAUUGAAGAUGUCCCAUGCACAUGAUUUGUACAUAUUGAUACACGGAUUUAAAAGCAUGGGAAGCAAAAUAAAAGUUUGUUUCAUCAGCAGUGCAAGAAAGAGCAAUGUUCAUCUUCAUGAAGAGUACUAGAGGCAGAAAAUCCUAAACUACCUUGUUUUUUGUAAUCUUAUGAAGACGUGUAUUAAGUGUGCAUCUUUCAGAAUAAUGGACAUUUCAGUUAUAACAUACUGAAUUAGUUGGUUUUAUUUAUUUGUCCAGUGAGACUGGGGGUUUACUUAUUGUUGUACCUCAAAGGUUACCUCAAAUUGAUCACAUACUGAUUGUAUGAUUCAGUAUUUGUACAGAUUCAGUGACUAUAAAUGUUAUGUGAUCAUUUGAGCCUUAGUAAAUAUGACAAAUAAUGUACCUAUUGCCAUUACUUUGGAAGCUUAUGUGGAACAAAAAAAUUAAAUUGAAAUAUCCAAAUAAAUGAGAAAACCAAUGUACUAAAUAAUGUUUAUUAAUUCUACAUCAAACUUACAUUUUAGUAGAAAAACAGCUAAUUGGUAAACAUUCAUGUGAAAACAUGAAUAACAUUAAUACAAAACUUACAAAAUACUGUACUUCCAGUUAAAGAUCAUCAGUAGUGUAAAAGUUAUACAUAUCACAGCCGUGAAUUUGCUUCAGUAAUUUUUCCAUCAAAUCCACACUACUUUCCAAGCUGUGCUCUGGUUCGUUUUCAUGGACUGAGUGACAAUUUGUUUCUGGUUCUAAAGGGAAAAGAACAUUCUUGUGAUGAGUGAACAUGAAAUGUUACUGUGUUAAAUAAAGAUUACUGUAAUGAGACAUAACAAGGAAAUAUAAUACAUUUUCUUGAAUUAAUUAUACUCUAUUGUUUACACGUAGUGACCCAUGGUGCACCGUGGAUAAUGAUAAUCACUGUUGUAAGUUGGCUGAAGUAGUGGUACUUCGUAACCACCCGAACCCUCAAAGGGUGACUCUUCUUUCUUUAUUCUUUUGUGGUUUUCAUCCACUUCUUCGCUUGAAUUUCGCUUUCUCGGGAGUGCAGUUAUUUUCUGGACUAUACAUCUUCCGUUCGGUCUAUGAUUUGAAAGAUGCUGCAUAGUAUUUCCGGAGCAUGGUGAUUCAGUCAUGUUUGGGAAAGUUCCAACGCGGUGAUUUUCCAGGCUGUCGGUGAUAUCAUUUGUUUCCAUUGCAUUACUAUCGUCCGCAUACACAGGUAAGUAGCCGUAAUAACCGUUGGCUGAUAUAAAAGGCAUGGUAUUUUUCUCGUUACUCAAGCCGGUAAAAGCCGUACUGUCCUUGCACCAACGCCGGUCGAGUCCACAAUUAAACACUGCCAUUAUUGCACUAAGAAAGCUCGCGCACUCACAAAAUAGACUAGACAAUAUUUUUCUUGAUAGCACCGAGGAAUAAAUAAUACUUUUUAAUUAAUUGCACAUACCCUACUUCCCUGUCAAGCCCGACACGCUACCACAACACUGCCUGUCCGUUUGAGUUUUGAGCUUACCACUACAAACGCGAGGUGCGAAAUGUGAAGGGGACUUUCGGAAAUAACAAUCACAAAAGCAGAAUAAACUAUUUAAAAAUAACGUUGAAAAUUAGUUGUAUAAAAAAUAUAUUGUAAAAUAAAUAAUGCAGUAAUAUAAGUACACUUUUAUUUAAUAAUUAACGCGUACUUUUACGUUGUUUCGUUUCCGAAAAUAUCCAUGACACUCGCAAUAGUGCUCAGUACUUUUCCACCGGCGUUCCUUGCGGUGGAU